CGGGGCUUCCUUGUACACAGACGUUGUCGAGCUGUUGUUUUGGUCGGACUGAGCGGUUUCUUCACAAGCUUUUGACCAAACCACCAUCGACGUUCUUGUAUUGCAGGUCAGGUAGUUCAGUCGUUUUCGUUUUAGAUCGGGUCGUGGUCAAGCACCUCGGUCCGCCAGAGCUCCGGUACUUAAAGGAAGGGAUGCCGCUGCAGAGCCGACCCCACGGACUCCUCACCGCCCGGGACUGUAACUCAACGACGCGUUUAAUCGGGACUAGUAGCUGUUGUAUACCGUUAAACAGUACCAGGAUAAAUCACUCUCGACCGAGUGUUUUAAAGACAUGUUUAAGUUCAGCUGCGAAUUAAAUUAACCUAGCAUUAGAAGCUAACGACUAGCCUGUAAACAGAGCGGAAAUCGCUCUUCUUGAACCCCCAGACGGAUUACUCGACGACGGCCAGGUGCACUCACUGUUUUGUCCCUGCUGGGUUCAUAAAUCGAAAAGACCAAGACGAGAAGAUGAAACUUCUGGAGAACUCGAGCUUCGAGGCACUGAGCUCCCAGCUGUGCGUGGAGACGGGAGACUCUCGCAUCCUCGGGAGGAUCGAGAGCUACUCCUGUAAGAUGGCGGGAGACGACAAGCACAUGUUCAAACAGUUCUGUCAGGAGGGGGAGCCCCACGUCUUGGAGGCCUUGUCCCCCCCACAGUCCACCUGCGCCACCAGCCCCUCUCAGCUGGGGAAGAGCAGUGAGGAGGGCGAGGACCACCUUAGUGACAAGUGUUGCAGGAAGACUCUGUUCUACCUCAUCACCACCCUCAACGAGUCCUUCAAGCCCGACUACGACUUCAGCACCGCCCGCUCACACGAGUUCAGCCGCGAGCCCAGCCUCAACUGGGUGGCGAAUGCCGUGAACAGCAGCAUGUUCUCUGCCGUGGGUGAGGAGUUCAACUCCCUGGGACCCGAGGUCUGGAACACCAUCGACCAGGAGAUCAACCUGCAGGGCUGUGAUAUAUACAGCUAUAACCCCGACCUGGACUCUGACCCGUUUGGCGAGGAGGGAAGUCUCUGGUCCUUCAACUACUUCUUCUACAACAAGAAGCUGAAGAGAAUCGUCUUCCUCACCUGCCGCUCCGUCAGCAACAGUGUGCUCAGCGGGUACGGGCGGGACAGCCAAGACAACGAGCUGGACAUGGAGCUGGAGGACGAGGAGGAGAUGGACGGAUUCGCCGAGGACCGGUUCCCCAGAGCUCUGUGUGUCUAACCCCCACCAAAGGAGCGCCACCUCCCCCCCCCCCCGCUUUUAUUUUUUAAAUCUAUCCCUUUUCUUUUUCAUCAUCUUGUUCUACACAGCCUCCUCCAGUCCCCAUCACCUCUACCCCCAUACCCUCCACCCCAUACCCCCUGCCCAAUACCCUCUACCCAUGAGGACACGAUAAGGAGAAAACCUCAGACGUUAUGAACAGGACAGAUGUGGAGAGUCCUCUCAGACGUUAUGAAGUGGACAGAUGUUAUGAAGAGAGGGCAGAUGUUGAGUCCUCUCAGACGUUAUGAAGAGAGGGCAGAUGUUGAGAGUCCUCUCAGACGUUAUGAAGAGAGGGCAGAUGUUGAAGAAGGCCUCAGACGGAGAGGACAUGUGGAGAACCCCUCAGACGUUAUGAAGAGGUGUUGGUUGGGAGGGAGCGUCUCUCCUUCCUCAUGAGGACUUUGUUUUUCCACCAGACCGGCCACCAGCAUUACCCCAGAGACACACACGUGUCGGGCAGCUGGGAGGAGCUCCUCAAAGACGAUCUGAUCGCUAGUGGUCCUCUCGCUUGUUUUUUUUGCGACGCUUUCUACGCCUGCCAGUGGUCUCCGUGACGAGCACCCGGUCUCCGACUAUAUGCUGCAUUCUGAACCCCCUGUCGGUUGAACCUAUGUGUGUUUUAGUCUUUGUACAGCUUCUGACCUCACUGAGGAGCACCUUUUGAUUUGUCUUUGUACGUGUUGUUCAUGUCCUGCUGGCCUCCCCGCUGGUAACGGUGAAUGUACAUUCUUUUUUAAUUCGGAGGCUUCCCAGCUCCGCUCGUUUUAGCUUUUCUUUCCUACAUUGAGGGUUAUUAAUAUAUUUCUCUGCCGUGUUUAGAGCGUAGACGAUAUAUCUGACAUGUGAAUAAAGUUUAAAAAAAACCA